AAAAAUUUUCACUCUUCCAAAUGGAUUGUAUUUUGCUUACAUCAAUUAUUUUUCCAAAAAGUCUGUGCAAAAAAUAGUUUAAAUACAUUCUGCUAGUGUCUAAAACAAGCCGCAAUGAAGAAAAUCACAGAACAGAAGCUGCAGGCUUUCACCGUCGGAACGAUGGGCAAGCGGCAGCUAAGCCGAAAGGAGCUCGAGGAGCAGAAAAAGCGCGAGGAUGAAGCCGCGGCCGCACACGCGUUCAAAGAGUUUGUUGAAACCUUUCAAGAAGCUCCCUCCAAGAUUGGAAAGGUUUGGGUGAAAGCCGGAACAUACGAUGCCGGUUCGAGAAAGGAAGAUGUGCGUGAUAAGGGGAAGCUGUAUAAACCGUCGUCCAAGUUGGAAUCCGACCAGGAGAAAGCCAACGAUUACAUUAAGUUGAUGACUGCUGAGGGUAAGAAAGAACUGGGACCGGGCAAAAAGAGAACGCAGGAAAAGAAGAAGAGCAAUCUGGAGCUCUUCAAGGAAGAGCUGAGACAGAUCCAGGAGGAACGUGAGGAGCGGCACAAGUACAAGCAUAUGGCGAAAUCGAUGACUCCGGUGUCAAUUGACCCGGAUCCGGUUUUCAAGGAGUCGGAGACCGGUUCGUUCGACAAUGGAGAUCCAAACACAACCAAUCUGUACCUGGGUAAUCUGAAUCCGAAGAUCUCCGAGCAAGAGCUAAUGGAACUGUUUGGUAAGUAUGGUCCAUUGGCUAGUAUCAAAAUUAUGUGGCCUCGCUCGGAGGAGGAACGUGCUCGGGGAAGGAAUUGUGGUUUCGUAGCCUACAUGAGUCGUCGGGAUGCGGAGAGAGCACUGAGGACACUGAACGGAAAAGAAGUGAUGAACUAUUUAAUGAAGCUGGGUUGGGGUAAAUCGGUUCCUAUUAUGACCCAUCCAAUCUACAUCCCACCGGUACUGGUGGCAUACACUUUGCCUCCGCCACCGUCGGGACUUCCAUUCAACGCACAAGCACAUCCGUCCGAUCUGGAUAAUAUUCCAAAGAUGACCUCCAAGAUGUACAUGGAGGAUGCCGAGAUGAAGGAGAAGAUGGACGAUGUACUGUACAAAGCGUUGGUGAAGGUGGUCAUCCCAACGGAACGGCCACUGUUGAUGUUGAUCCAUCGGAUGGUGGAAUUCGUCAUCCGUGAAGGUCCGAUGUUUGAAGCGCUGAUAAUGACUCGCGAAAUGGACAACCCAAUGUAUAAAUUUCUGUUCGAAAACGAAAGUCCCGCCCACAUCUACUACCGAUGGAAGCUGUUUUCGUUGCUCCAGGGUGACACGGCUUCGGAUUGGAGAACCAAAGAGUUCCGCAUGUUCAAGAGUGGGUCGAUUUGGAAACCUCCGCCGAUCAAUUUCUACACCCAAGGAAUGCCGGAAGAACUGCUGGCCGACGAUGAUGAUCUCGAGGGCAACAAGGGCAAUUUAUCGGUGGCUCAACGAGAUCGUCUGGAAGAUCUCAUUCGACAUUUGAGCCCCGAGCGGCAGAAGAUUGCCGAUACGAUGAUCUUCUGCAUCGAACACGCAGAUGCCGCGGAGGAGAUUUGCGAAUGCAUCACCGAAUCACUGGCCAGCAACGAGACGGUGGUGAAGAAGAAGAUCGCUCGAAUCUAUCUGAUUUCGGACAUUCUCCAUAACUGCAGCGUCAAGGUGCAGAAUGCGAGCUUCUUCCGGAAGGCGCUGGAGAAAAAUUUGAUGGACAUUUUCAAAAACCUCAACGGUUACCAUAUGCAGCUAGACAGCCGCCUGAAGGCGGAAGGUUUCAAAACCCGCGUGAUGAACGUCUUCAAAGCGUGGGAGGAAUGGGCCGUCUAUCCGAAGGAGUUCCUCACAAAGUUGCAGCAAACUUUCCUGGGAAUUGUUGUCGUCGAAAAGCAAGAAGAAGAACCGGAAGAGGAAAAUGAAGACGAAGAUCUAGACGGCGUUCCGCUGGACGGUGCCGCCUUGUUGAAAUCUGCAAUGUUGAAGGGAAUGACCGAACCGGAAACGCGAACUCCCAUUCUGAAGCAGGGAAUCUACAGCGACGAGGAGGACAUCGACGGUAUGCCGAUGGACGAGGACAUUGAUGGUAUUCCGAUGGACGGCAAUCAAUCCAGUUCGGCAGGGGAUCUAGAGGCUGACAUUGCCAAAGGUAAAGCCGGUGGGGGCUCGUUCAUUCCUUCCAAGUGGGAAACGGUUGACGCAGCGCAGAUCGAGGCACAGGCCAUUACGACCAGCAAGUGGGACACGUUGGAUCCGGUGGCUCCGGAACCACCGCUGAUAUCGCUGCGAGAUGGAGACGACACGGACGAUGAGCAGGGAAAUGGCAAAGGUGACCAGGAUGAAGCUCGCCGUAUGCGGUUGCGUGAGAUUGAAGUCAAGAUCGUUCAGUAUCAGGAUGAGUUCGAGUCCGGUGCCCGUCAGGUGCGCGUCGGUUGGACAGUGGCCGAAGAGAUUGCCCACUACCGACGGAAGUUGAUCAAGAAAGCCGAAAAGGAACUCCGCGUGCAGCAGCAGCAGCUGCAACAGCAAUCACAACAGAGUCCGGACGACACUGACGACGAUGAUACGGACGAGUACGAUCGAGUUGUCAGUAGCUCGAAAAAGGUCUCCAAACGAAGUGCCAGUCCUGAAGUCUCACGCAAGCACAAGAAAACUCGCCGGUCUACAUCAACGGACUAUGUUCGCGAGAUCCCAACCAAAUCAUCCAGACGGUCCCGAUCGCCAGUUUACGUUUCCAGCACUCGAAGCAAGCGCGAAUCGCCCCCAUCACCGGUGCGCAGUAGUAAACCAGUGUCCAGUCGGCAUCGUCUGUCCCGAAGUAUUUCACGAUCCCCAUCGCGAAAGCAUCACUCCGAGCGUUCCAUUUCACCUGCCACCCGCAGUAAGUACGAUCUUCUCGAAUCACCAGCCCGAGGUUCCACCACCAGCUCCAGUGCGGCUGCCAAGUACGACAAAUACGAAGCCUCGAGUAGCUCCAAGUACGAUAAAUACGAAUCUGUACCGUCGUCCAAGUACGAUGCCCGACUGUACGAGUCGGAACGGUCGAGCAGCAAGUACGACAAGUACGAAAAAUACGAAGGCUCAUCCAGUAAGCAUGAGAGAGAACGCGAACGCGAACGCGAACGGGAACGGGAGCGGGAGCGAGAGCGAGAACGGGAAAAGGAAAAGGAACGGGAGUUGCGGGAACGAGAGCGGGAAAAGGAGAGGGAACGGGAAUUGCGAGAACGGGAGCGCGAAAAGGAAAGGGAACGGGAGUUGCGAGAACGGGAACGGGAACGAGAACUUCGGGACAGAGAUAGGGAACGAGAAAGGGAUCGGUUAUAUCCUAGCAGCAGUAGCAAGUAUGAUAUUGUAAGUUCAAAGUACGAGGAAGACAGCAGGCGAUACCGUUCACCUUCACCUGUUCGGUCGGCAAGGGACAGCUACGCUAGUUCCCGCUAUGCCAGCAGUGGCAGCAGUAGUUCACGUUCGGAAAAACACAAGAAACACAAGUACUAAUGCGUGGAUCCGGAUAACUUCUUCUUCUUUAUGUGUAGUAAGUACGAUUCGUUCUCCUUCAGUUGCGGAUUUUAGUUUCGUUGUAGUCUUGGUAUUGUGCUAUUCCACAACAUGUUUUUCCGCGAUAAUGAUAGGCUGAUAGGACCUGGUUGAGACUCAUAAACCAGGAAGCAAAUGAAAAUGUUAAAUUUGAGCAUUUUUAACUAAGAUUCAAUCAAUUUUAAGGACAGAUUAAGUAACGUUAAAGUAUUGCCAGAUGUGUGCAUGCUUUCCGUGUGUAGGCCCUUCCGGUCGCAUCUCGACUGGGGACGAAAA